AUGGCAUCAUCUAAUCAAUAUAUACUAUAUAUAGUAGGAUUACUACUAUUAUUACAUUCAGGUUAUUCAUCAUUUGAAUUUCAUAAAUUUAUAAUACAUAAUAAUUCAAUAAAUUCAAUAAAUUCACCAACAAAUUUACCAUUAGAUAUAUCAAUUGAAGCUAUUAUAGGGUUUAUAAUUAUAUUAAUUGGUUCAAUAAUAAGUAUUGAAAAUUCAAAUUAUUUAUCAAUUGAAAAUAAGAUUAUAAAAGAAGAAUUUAAAUAUUUAAAAUCAAUAAAUUUAUCUGAUAGUUUUCAAAUUGGUGAAAAAAUUGGUAUUGGUGAAUUUGAAGAAUUAAAUUCAAGAUUACCUUUUAUUGAUAUUGUUAAAAUUAGAAAUGACUAUAGCAAAUGGGUUAAUGAAGAAAAAAAGUAG